AUGGCGGAGACCGCGCGCCUAACCCCAAGAUCUGAGUGCACGAAAGAUGCCCACCCCACAAACACAGCUACCAACGCGGUUAAGCAGCACCAAAUGAUCAGACACCCACAAAGUCCAGCCGCACGUACGCAUCCUGGCACCCUAACGGGACACCUACCUCGGGUGACUCUUCAAGCUCCCGGCUCCGGUAAGGGGAUGGAACAGCAACUAGCGGCGGAAAAAGGGGCACAGCAAGCCAAGCCAGCGCUUGCCCGAACAGCAGGGACCAUCAGCCCCCACUCCGCACCACGCCACCCUCUACACACACCGGGGUCCAGGUCCAGCGAGCCGGAUGCCGCACAUCACUCCCGGUAUGUCGUGCAGCACCUGUCAACUAGCCCCGCAGCAGCCGCAACACAGGCAGACCACCGGACAACAGUGUGA